AAACCCAAAUACAACACAACUAAACUCAACUCACCUCUCUCUCUCUCUCUCUCGCUGUCUGAGUUUGAAACACAAGAAUCCGGUAACAAUGGUCGGAACCUCAGUUGCUCCGACUCCCCUGUUGAAAGAUGAACUUGACAUCGUGAUCCCCACGAUCCGAAACCUGGACUUCCUCGAGAUGUGGAGGCCUUUCUUCCAGCCAUACCAUCUCAUCAUUGUUCAGGACGGUGACCCCAGUAGGGUCAUCAAGGUCCCCGAGGGCUUCGACUAUGAGCUCUACAAUCGCAACGAUAUCAACAGGAUUCUCGGCCCCAAAGCCUCUUGCAUUUCCUUCAAGGACUCUGCUUGCCGUUGCUUCGGCUACAUGGUCUCCAAGAAGAAGUACAUCUACACCAUCGAUGAUGAUUGCUUUGUUGCUAAAGAUCCAUCUGGCAAGGACAUUAAUGCCCUUGAGCAGCACAUAAAGAACCUUCUGUGUCCAGCAACUCCAUUUUUCUUCAACACCCUGUAUGACCCAUACAGAGACGGUGCAGAUUUUGUCCGUGGAUAUCCAUUCAGCCUCCGUGAAGGUGCCCCAACAGCUGUUUCUCAUGGCCUCUGGCUCAACAUCCCAGAUUAUGAUGCUCCCACCCAGCUUGUCAAGCCACGUGAAAGAAACACAAGGUAUGUGGAUGCUGUUUUGACAAUACCAAAGGGAACCCUCUUCCCCAUGUGUGGUAUGAAUCUGGCAUUUGACCGCGAGUUGAUCGGCCCUGCAAUGUACUUUGGACUUAUGGGUGAUGGCCAGCCAAUUGGACGCUACGAUGAUAUGUGGGCUGGCUGGUGCACCAAGGUGAUAUGCGAUCAUUUAGGACUUGGAGUCAAGACUGGUUUGCCUUAUAUCUGGCACAGCAAAGCAAGCAACCCUUUUGUGAACCUCAAGAAGGAAUACAAAGGAAUCUACUGGCAAGAAGAGCUGAUCCCAUUCUUCCAAUCAGCUACCCUUCCAAAGGAUUGCACCACUGUGCAGAAUUGCUACAUUGAGCUCUCCAAGCAAGUCAAGGCUAAACUUGGUAAGGUGGAUGAAUACUUCAUCAAGCUGGCUGAUGCCAUGGUCACAUGGAUUGAAGCUUGGGAUGAGCUGAACUCGACUUCUGAUAUACCCAAGGGUCCAGCAAAAUAGAUUUUCGACCAUUAUCCCUUUUUAUCCAAGCUUUUGCGAUGAGGCUAAUGAGUGUUCAUUUGGCAAGGCGGAGGAUAUACAUCUAUAUGACCUUAGAACAAUAAAAGAUCAAGGAUUUUGUAUUUCUAUAGAUUGAGCUUAGCUAUUUAUUUGACAUUGAUUGAGAUCAUGGUUAUUCGGAAAUGUUAGUCACAAAUUUGGUUGAUUUAAUAUUAGGUUUCAUUUAUUUGUC